CUAAGCUCGCAGCUAAACGGUAAACAACAUGAAGGACGACGCCCUCUCCGACACCCCAUCGAGUGCCUUGACUGUGGUGCACACGGAGAUGACACAACAGGAGAUAGCCAGCCAUGAGCGGACCAAGCAACAGCUCAUCGACGAGAUCAGCAGACAGAGAGACGAGUACAAGCCUGGUACAAGCGGGAGAGAGAUGAGUGGAAGCAGCGGUGUCAGCAGGCAGAGGCCGAAUGCAGAGACUGGAAGCGGCGGUGCGAGGAGGUACACACAACCACACGAAAGAUGACGGACACGUGUGCGGGGAACUGGUGUGUGGCCGUGCCUCUGCAGGCCGAGACGAAGCUGA